AUGGGCCCUCAACUUCUCUUCAAAGCAAUAGGCUUUUCCCUGCUUGUAAUAGUUGGUAUUCCAGGGAACAUGUUCAUUCUUAUAAAAUUUACCUUAAACAAAAUAAUUGAGAAGAAAAUUCUUCCAACCAACACAAUACUGACCAUGUUGGCAAUAGCCAAUCUUCUAGUUAUCCUUUCUCGAAUCAUCCCACAAUCCCUAAAUGCAAUAGGUGUACAGAAUUUACUUGAUGAUACUGAAUGCAAACUUGUCAUUUUUACAUACAGAAUAAGUAGAGCUAUGUCUAUUUGUAUCACAAGUCUACUUAGUUUUUGCCAGUGCAUUACGAUUGCCCCAUCCUUUAGAGUGUGGUUGUACCUAAAACAGAAGAUUUUACAAAAUGUCAUGACCGUCAUCAUCAUUUUAUAUUUAAUCAACCUCUCAAUAUAUCCUUACAAUAUUCUUGAUGCACAUGCUAGGAAAAACAUGACAACUUCACCUUACACCCUUCAUUUAGUAUAUUGUGAUGCUGACUUUUUAACAUAUACAGCAUACAUUGUCAAUGGAACUUUUAAUGCCCUUCGAGAUUUUACUUUUGUAGGACUGAUGGUAUUUGCAAGCAUUUACAUUGUGUAUACCUUGCUUCAACAUGAGAAAACUGUGAAAGGAAUGAGGAGCUCGGACAAAGAUAAAAAAAGAUCGACAGAGUACAAAGCUUCAAGAGCAGUCAUUUUAUUAGUUGUACUCUAUGUUAUACUGUAUGGACUAGAUAAUGCAAUGUGGAGCUACACGUUAACUUUGUCUAAUGUAAGCACUGACAUGAAUGAUAUCCGGAUAUUUUUAGCAUCUUCAUAUGCGACACUCAGCCCAAUAGUCAUUAUUAUAACCAACCCUAAACUUAAACAGAGUUGGAAAUAUUUAUCUGGGAAGAGGCCUUUGCACAAGGAUCACAAAAGAGUUGUACAUGGC